AUGCCCGGUAGACAUGAAAAAGUUAUGCCUGAAACGAGUGGUGAUGAUAACGAGAGCGGCAGCACAAGCGGUUCUGAGGUCUCUAUAGAAGAUGAGGGAGAAGAAAAUAAUCGCUCAACAGCAGGCAGCGACGAGUCAGACGAGGAGUCAGAAUCGAGCGAUGAAGAGGAAAGCUCUGAAAGUGACUCUUCUGAGAGUGAUGGUGAGAGCAGCAGCGACGAUAGCGACUCUACAGAUUCCUUAUGGGGAGCUUUCGAUGACGGUGACAAGAAGGAAACACAGGAAGCGAAUGAAGCUUCCGCUCUGUCCGACUUUCAAAGAGCACUGGAUUGUCUGGUGAAAGGGAAGAACACCGUAGCGAAGAAGAUCCUUAGACGACUUCUUACUAAUCCAUUAGUGAAGUGUUUUAACACUACAGUAUUUGAUUGGGAAGCAGAAGUAGAUGAAAGACUAUCCAAAAUGGCUCGACUUUUCGUCGGUGUUCACAAGAACCUUGCGAAGUUAGAAACCGAAAAGUCGCAGCAUUUCCUCCAGAUUUUGUCAAUGGCCCCGAAAAAUGCAGAAAUUUGGAUGAACCUCGGCUUAGAAAGCAUUAAUAGUGGUGACGUUGACUUCGCGAAGUUUGCAUUCGAGCAUGCUGAAGGACCAGAAGCCAUGGAAGCUCUGUUGAGCGUGCUAUAUUUAUCGCGGAAUUAUCACGCUUGCUUGCGUAUGGCACAAAAAUGUUUGAGCAUGGGUAUCGCAAGGGAGAAAGCGUUAUACCUGAAGGAGCGGAUCCGCUCCUUGAAUGGCCAUUACAGCGAAUUCUGUGACAAAGUUUUUGGUGAGAACAGACGAUACGAUCUGGUUGAGACGUUGGAUGACGCUACCGCGGCAAAGAUAGCACAGCGGUUGAGUGCUAUCGAAGAACGCCUUCGUGAGAUUCCAUAUGAGGAAGAAGUUCCACUUCCAAGUCCUAUCGAUAUUGAGUUCGAUGCUGAGCAGACGGUAGAUAUUGUAGCCACGUGUUUCUGUGACUUGUAUGAUCGCGUUGAGGCUUAUUCUAGUCUUUCCCUACAAAAAAUCACUUUCUCUCGUUGGGAUGACAGGAGAGAUUUGCUGGACGCGAUGUCGGCACUACAAGACAUUGUGGAAGUCAUUGAUACCGUCAGUUGUGUAAUAGAUCAGGCGUCAUCCAGGAGCGCAAAAUCGCGAUGUGCUGUAACGUCAUCGUCUCUUUCUGCAGCAACAUGUGACAGUUUCCUGCGAAGAUCGAUGCGAUAUGCUAUGGAGUUACCAUUCGAUGAAGAAAACAGCCAUCAAGAGAUGGAUACGUCAGCGACGUGCCGUCUCGACGGGUCCCUGCCCCCUCUGGAGUUGGCCAGCACAUUGGGCAUCCGUGUUCAGUCAAUUGUACCCUUGAAAGACGAGCUUUUACGAAGACCGUCUCGGACUCCAAGUCCAGAACUCUGUCGAGAAUACUUCGAUAGUGAUCUGCUUUUGUACCUGCUGAUGACAACUCUUAAAGGCGAAAGCUGGACUAUUUUUGAAUUACUAGGAGAACCACAAGCUCGAGACUACUGUAUUCGGUGGCAUUACAAUGAAAAAUGGACUGAUCGGGAGCUGUUGCAGCGCUUCAUUCUUAGCCAUAGUAAAGCGAUUACUGAUGAAACGAUAAAGUGA